CUUGCUUAACUUUCCGGUGGUGGCGCAAACGAAGGAGUGUGUCUCGUUGAAAAUGGCGGAAGAGGCGAUUCUGGGAUACCUCCAACACACCGAGGAGAUUAAGGAUUCGGGUGAAUUUGCAGCUGAGAGAAACAUCGACCACAACGAAAUCGUCAAUGUGAUUAAGAGCCUCCACGGUUUUCGAUACGUCGAUGCUGAGGACAUAAAGAGAGAAACUUGGGUGCUCACGGAUGAAGGGAAGACUUACACUGCAACUGGAUCACCUGAAUUUCAACUCUUCAAUGCUAUUCCACCAGAGGGUAUCCCUAAAGAUGAACUUCAGAAAAAGUUAGAUCCAUCUGUCUUCAAGAUAGGUUGUGCUCAGGCUGCAAAGAACAAAUGGGUGGAGAUGGGCAAGCAACUUGUAACUAGAAAGGUUCAAAAUGUGGAUGACAAAGUCAAAGGCCUGCUUCUUCAAAUACAGCAGGGACAGGGCAUUGGUUCAGAUGAUAUCAAAGCACUCAAAGCACGAAAGCUUAUUGUUCCUCAAACAUGGAAGGGCUACUCAGUGAGAAAAGGUCCUAAUUAUGCCCCAAAAAGAAAGCAGGUUGUGACUGAUUUGACUCGGGAAAAUUUUCAGAGUGGUGAGUGGAAAGAAUUGGAGUUCAAAGAGUACAAUUACAGUGCUAAAGGUGCUCCUCUUGAGGGUGGCCAUCUUCAUCCAUUACUGAAGGUACGGGCUCAACUGAAACAGAUUUUCCUCUGCAUGGGCUUUGAAGAGAUGCCAACUAAUAAUUUUGUUGAGAGCAGCUUCUGGAAUUUUGAUGCAUUGUUCCAGCCCCAACAACACCCAGCUCGUGAUUCACAUGACACCUUCUUUUUGGACGCUCCUUCAACUACAAAGAGACUGCCUGAAGAUUAUGUUGAGAGGGUGAAGCAAAUUCAUGAAACUGGUGGUUAUGAGUCUAGGGGAUAUGUAUAUGAUUGGAAAAGAGAGGAAGCAAACAAAAACCUCCUGCGAACGCACACAACUGCUGUUUCCUCGAGGAUGCUUUACCAACUAGCGCAGAAGCCAUUUGCUCCCAAAAAAUAUUUCUCCAUUGAUCGUGUCUUCAGAAACGAAGCAGUUGAUCGAACACAUCUUGCUGAGUUCCAUCAGAUUGAAGGCCUUGUAUGUGAUCGAGGACUUACUCUUUGUGACUUAAUAGGAGUACUACAUGAUUUCUUCUCACACUUGGGCAUGACCAAAUUGAAGUUCAAGCCUGCUUACAAUCCAUAUACUGAACCAAGCAUGGAGAUUUUCAGUUAUCAUGAAGGCUUUAAAAAAUGGGUAGAGGUAGGAAAUUCUGGCAUGUUCAGACCUGAAAUGUUGCGGCCGAUGGGACUUCCAGAAGAUGUCCAAGUUAUUGCCUGGGGCCUGUCCCUUGAAAGGCCAACGAUGAUACUAUAUGGGAUUGAUAACAUCAGAGAUCUCUUUGGUCCCAAGGUGGAUCUUGGCCUCAUAAAGAAAAAUUCAAUUUGUCGUCUUGGAAUUAACUAGAACAAUUCAUUUUUCCAGUGAAUUUCUUGUCAUUUGUUGAAAGAAAGUGAAAGAAGUUUUGUGGUCAAAUAUUAACUGUAAGAAUAGUUAGAUCUCUUAUGAAGAAUUCUGGUGUUGGAAAGUUAUGGCAUUUGCAUUUUUUAUUUUUCAGCUAUGUUUUGUUACUAUUAUUUUCAUAUAAAACACUGAAUUUUUAGCAUCAA